AUGCUGACUGUCUGCCUGCUGUUGGUGUGUCUGCUCUGCGGCCUCUCAGGUGAGGAGCCUUCCAUGUCCGCAGCCUGGACUCUGAUCCAGGACCAGCUCAACGGGACUCUGAUCCAGGACCAGCUCAACGGGACUCUGAUCCAGGACCAGCUCAGCGGGACUCUGUCUGAUCCGGUGUUCUCUGGACGCUUUGGCUUCAGGAACGUGUCUGGGGUCCGCUGCUUCAGUCCAGAGCUGGAGCCGGAGUCCAGGAUCAUUGGGGGCCAGGAGGCCUGGGCCAACUCGUGGCCCUGGCAGGUGUCGCUCCACCUGGCCUCCAUGGCGGCCUGCGGGGGGGCCGUCAUCGGGCCCUCGUGGGUCCUCUCUGCUGCGCACUGCUUCAGAAGGUACCACAAAGCUUCUCUCUGGACGGCUCUGGCUGGAAAACACGACCUGGACAACCCUCAGGAGGCCCGGCAGCAGCUGGUGGGCGUGGCCUCCAUCAACACGCACCCCGCCUACGAGCCGCGCUCCAAGCGGAGCGACAUAGCGCUGCUGAGGCUCCGCCAGCCGCUCGUCUUCGGCCUCUUCGUCCGGCCCAUCGACCUCUGGAUGAAGCCGCUGACCCCCUUCAGGAAGUGCUCCGUCACGGGCUGGGGCUCCACCCGAGAGAAUGGCGCUCGAGUCAACCGUCUGCAGGAGGUGAACGUGACCAUCCUGCCCCCUAGGGCCUGUGAGCAGUACUACCGCGGCCGCAUGCGCCCCUCCAUGUUCUGCGCUGGGAGGGACUCUGGAGGGGCGGACGCCUGCCAGGGGGACUCUGGGGGUCCCCUGAGCUGCUUCACUGGUGGCCGCUUCCUAUUGGCCGGUCUGGUGAGUUGGGGCGUCGGUUGUGGGAGAGCCAGAAGACCCGGAGUCUACAGCCUGACACAGAGCCACGCCCCCUGGAUCCACCGCACCAUGGGUCGAGACGUCUGGGACGCAGAGGACGGCGCUACUGAAGAGAGCAGCUGUGGGGCGGUGUCCCCGGGUGGAGGCUUGUCAGUGGCGGAGUCCUCCUCCGGGUCCUCCUCCUCCUCCUGGCCCUGGCAGGUCAGCCUGCAGGCCGGAGGACGCCACUACUGCAGCGGGGUGCUGAUCCACCACAGCUGGGUCCUCACGGCCCGGGACUGCAGAGUCAGAGCUCUGGAGGACACGGUGGCUCUGGGGGUCCGUGACCUCCGGUUCUCUCCGUCUGAGAUCAUCCCGGUGGACCGGGUCUUCAACCGGCCGGCGGACGGCAGCGCCCCCCCGACAGCCGGCCUGUCGCUGCUCCGCCUCAGAGUGCCGGCCACAUUCGGCGCCGCCGUGUCUGCAGUCUGCGUCCCCGACGACGAAGAGGACGAAGACCUGGACGGCAGCUGGUCCUGUGUGACGGCGGGCUGGGGGGCCUCGAGCGCAGCAGAGGACAUGGAUCCAGACCGGCUGCACCACGUGGGCCUGACUCUGAUGAACCGGACCGCCUGCCGGGCCCAGUGGGGCGGACUCGUCACCGACGCCCACGUCUGCGCCUGGCCGGCCGGUGCCGGCGCCUGCAUGGGCGACGCUGGCGCUCCGCUGCUUUGCAGGAAGCGUGGUUCCUACUUCCUGUUUGGCGUGGUCACCUGGGGCAGCCGGCGCUGCGACGCGGACAAACCGGCCGUCUUCUCCAGGAUCUCUGACCACCUGACGUGGAUCACGGAGGUCACCGGAGUCCUCUGAGGGGUCUGCGUGGAGGUUGUUGUUGUUUACCUGGUUCCUGCUGGUCUGUUUGCUUGUCAGUGAAACAUUAAAGUCUCCAGAAGGACAACUCGUCUUCAUCGCUUUAACUUCAAGACUCAUCGUUUACAGCUUAGAACAGCACUCUGUUGUCCGGAGACCAGGGGACCCUGAACGCAUCGUGAGUCUGUGGUGACCCUCCAGCCCGGGAGCCGGUUCAGGUCCCAGAGACAUCAAAGGAAAGGCGUGAGUCCACGAUGAAAGCCUGGUGCUGGUCCAUGUUCUCCCCCUGGUGCUGGUCGACAGGAAUCAGGUUAACGUGUGUGUGACACAGUGUG